AUGCAUUUAACCACUGUGCUUCCAACCAACAAGUACUCUGGAUUAUUUAUGACAGCUCCAGUAAUAUCAGACCCCGGGCAAAUGGGUGUGCGAGGGGAACAUUGUGCUUACACCUAUGAAGCAUGGGCACCAGAUUUAGGGCUGUUUCUCAGUUCUUCUAUUUUUCAGGUUCUCUUUUCUUCAUUAAUUCUAUGCUGUCUGUUUGAUACUUUGAUUAGCCUUUCCUCCUUCCCUGAAAAGAAAGAGAAUAUUUUGUGGGGGGAGAGGGAAGGGCCAGCCGUUCUGCAUUUGAUGUACACGACUUGUUUUGGCAAUGACCAAUUUGCUGUGAGUAUUAUUGAUCCCACUGAGAAUGUCAGCAUAUUUUACAGGGCUGAGAAAAUCUUCACUUGGUUGUGGUCUAGAACCCAUCGCAGAGUAACUCAUAGGGCAUUCUGUUGUAUCUUACCUGUUAUGAUUGAUUUGAUGAUUAGGUGGUUUAAUAUGACGACAAGUUUGGAAGAGCCAUCAAAGAAAACUUCACGUCCUCAAUUGGUUGUAUUGAACAGGGCAUUCAAAUUGGCUGAGCAAUGGGUUAACAGUAUGGGUGACUCUUCUGAUGAUGCUAAACCAACUGUGGUUGUUCUAGAGAGUCGACCGCCCAGGCUUGGAAUUGGUGCUGCAGUUCCACGUCAAUCACAAACAGUACUCUCAAAUGACCCGGCUGAAAGAAGGCUACGUGCUAAAUUGGAUGCUGAGAAACGAAGAAAAUUGAAGAGCUCUGAAGCAUCAAUAAUAUCCGCCAAAGAUGGGAAAGUUGAUGAAGAAAGUGAUGAAGAUGAAUCGGAAAGCAAAACAAAAGCUUUUACCAAGAAGAGGCCUGCAGCUUUUCCCUCGACUCUGCAAGCAAAAAAGAAGAAGUGACUUCGCAUCAUCCAGCAAUGAAUACUUCGAGAUGUGCUGGAGUCAUACCAUUGUAUAAAAUUCUUCGCCGUCAUAUUCUUGUGGCCAUUUUGUAGGGUGCACUUCGCUUUGUCAGUGGUGUUUAUUUCUCAACAAAAUGUUCUCCCCCAACCCCCGUCAUCCAGCCUGUGCCUUUGGUGACAAAUGCUUUUAGAAAACAUGUCAUUCUCUCAUUUUUGUUCUCAUUUUAUUGAAGUUAAUGGUAAAGGACAUCUAUCCUGUAACGAUGCUCAAACACAGUGAGGACACAACAUAUUUGGUACUUUGAAGUUUGUUCUGAUGAGCAUAUAACCAGGCAAAGAGUGAUGAUUAGUCUA